AACUAAUUAAAUAAUUUCAUCAGUCACGUAGACUCUGUGAAAUGAACAAUGAAUUAGAUAAAUUAGUAGUGGCCAUUCGUAUGGCUUGGCUUGCAUCCGCUACCAUGAUUGUUAGCUUGCCUGCAACGUUAGCUCUCAAAGCUGCGCAGUUAAUGAAUGUUAGCUAACGUUAGCUUGUAUUCUGAUAAAUGAUCAAGAGUCAAUCCAGAGAGGCAGAUAUAUUGAUAGUGUCGAUUAGCUAGCUAACUUUGUGUUAGCUACAAGAAUGUAAUAUUACAGUAACAGCUGUGAGCGACAGUAAGAAUGUCAUUCUUCUCAAAUUGUUCAGAAUAAGAAUCCGAUUGUGCGAACGCGAGGCAACUCAACAUUUUUAAAUCUAGCUUUCAAAAAAGUUUUGACAUGGGGGUUAUUUAGAGAAUCUGGAACCCUCCAGUUUAAAAUGAAUCGUCCAUUUAUUCAUCAUUAUGAAAACUCGACUGAUGUAAUGGGAGAAGAGGCGGCUUCUGCCUGCAGUGGCCAUCAUCAUCCACUUGGGGAGCAGCACAACGAUCUGCGGGAGGAGAGGAUCUACAUGGACUAUAAUGCCACCACCCCAUUGGAGUCAGAGGUCAUACUGGCCAUCUCAGAGGCCCUGCACGAGGCCUGGGGGAACCCCAGCAGCAGCUACCUACCUGGCAGGAAAGCCAAAGCCAUUAUCAACAAGUCCAGGGAAAAUGUUGCUCAAAUGGUUGGAGGGAGCGCGGAAGACAUCAUCUUUAUGUCCGGUGGAACAGAGGCCAAUAACCUGGUGUUCCACACGGCCGUUAAACACUUUUGGGAGGGCAGAGGAGCAUCAGAGGUGAACGGACAGGAGAGAAGCCACCAUAACGGAAAGUCUGUUCUGCCUCAUAUCAUCACCUCCAACGUGGAGCACGAUUCCGUCAGGCUGGCGGCUGAAAGCCUGUCGAGAGAGGGCAAGGCAGAUGUCACCUUUGUGCCUGUUUCCAAGGUGUCGGCUCGAGUCGAGGUGGAAGAUGUGAUGGCCGUCGUCCGCCCCACCACCUGUCUCAUUUCCAUAAUGCUGGCCAACAAUGAGACAGGGGUUUUGAUGCCAAUCAGAGAGCUCUGUCGGAGGGUGAAGUCUCUGAACAAGCAGCAGCCUGCUCCCAGAAUCCUCCUGCACACUGACGCCGCUCAGGCCAUCGGCAAAGUGCGAGUGGAUGUCCAGGAACUGGGUGUGGAUUAUCUGACUAUUGUCGGACACAAGUUUUAUGCCCCACGAAUUGGAGCACUCUACGUGAAUGGUCCAGGAACAACCACCCCUGUAUUUCCCAUGUUCUUUGGAGGUGGGCAGGAAAGGAACUUCCGACCAGGGACUGAGAACACACCAAUGAUUGCUGGUCUUGGAAAGGCAGCGGAGCUGGUGAACACACGCCUGCCUGAGGUUGAGACCCACCUGCGAGACACCCGACUAUACCUGGAGCAGCGGUUGCAGGAUGUCUUUGGGAAGGAGAAGAUCCAUUUUAACAGCCAUUUCCCUGGCUCAGAGACCCUCCCGAACACCUGUAACGUGUCGAUCCUUGGCCCAGGACUGCAAGGACGCAGGGUGCUGUCGGGCUGUAAGAAGCUGCUGGCCAGUGUGGGAGCCGCGUGCCACUCAGACAGAGGAGACAGGCCCUCCCACAUCCUCCUGAGUUCCGGAAUCCCACCGGAGGUGGCGGCCAAUGCGCUGCGCCUGAGCGUGGGCCGGGGCACCACCCGCAGAGACGUGGACCUGGCGGUGGAGGACCUCAGGGAGGCAGUGCAGGAGCUGGAGGGGCGGAGCUAAGCCCCAGACGGCUCCGCCCCCAGAUGGUGCCGGAUGCAUCAGAAGAGCUAUUUUAGUAAAAAUACAAAAACAUUUAAAUAGUUCCAAUAUGUAGACACCCAUUAUUUUCUUAAAAUAAAUAUGAAGUGUGUCUACUUGUAUUUGCUCAACAGUUGAACAGUUAUAAAUGCAUUCUGUGUGGGGGAUAUUAAUGUAUUUUAGCUGGUAAGUAAUUGUAAAGUAAUGCCUUUUCUUUUAUUUUCUUGGAGAGGCCUGCAUUGCAAUUGCUUGGUUUGCACUAAAUGCUGGAAUUAGGGUGUUUAAAUUAUUUUUGUUACUGGUAAGGAACUACUUAUUGAAGUAUUUGAAAGUCACUUGAAUCUGAAUAAUUUUUGUCAUUAUUUAUUAUCAUGGUGCUUCUAUCAGCGCUUUUGAUGCUGGUCAACAUAUCAGUGUGUUGUUAAAAAAAACUAUUAGAAGUAUAGUGUCCAUCACUGUUGAAAAUAUGUGAAGUGGGAAAAUGUCUUGCUUGUUGAGGACCCAAACUGGCAAAUAAAAUUUCACCAAAACCAUAA